AGAAGCCUUCGACGACCUCACCCAGGCGCAGUCAAAAAGAUCACCCUCGAAACCACCUCAACCGCACCUUCGACGGUCUUUUCAAUUCCUUCCUUUGAUUGCGAGUCAUCCUCUCGUCUCACACACACAGAUCCGCAAUCAUGGCCGACUCACCUGUCACCAUUCGAACUCGCAAGUUCAUCACCAACAGACUUCUCUCGCGCAAGCAGAUGGUUGUUGAUGUCCUGCACCCCAACCGACCCAACGUCUCCAAGGACGACCUCCGCGCGAAACUCGCCGAAGUGUACAAGUCCAACAAGGACCAAAUCAACGUGUUCGGCAUGCGGACGCAGUACGGUGGUGGCAAGUCCACCGGGUUCGCCCUGAUCUACGACUCGGUCGAGGCCAUGAAGAAGUUCGAACCCUACUACAGACUCGUUCGUGUCGGCCACGCCACCAAGAUCGAAAAGGCCAGCAGACAACAGCGGAAACAGCGCAAGAAUCGAUCCAAGGAGUUCCGAGGCACAGCCAAGACGAAGGGUGCCAAGAAGGACAAGAAAUAAACGUGAAGAUUUUCGUCGGGGCGGUGGUGAUGAUGUUAUCCUCGUGCCGUGGGGUGUGGAUGCGGAUGUGGACGUGGACGGCGGGUGUAGGACAGAGGGACGAGGUGAAAAAAAUUUUGCCCUUAGUGUGUGCAUCGGAGGCGUUUCCUUAGUCCGCAUCUUGUUUUCAAGCGGUACGAGGUGUGUCGACGAGCCCAAAAUGUGACCGGGCCAUCAUUUUCCAAAACGCAAAAAACGAAGGGAGGGCCGAGUCACAUUGGAACUGAAAGCAAAUCUCGCAUGUGGCUAGGACAAUUGUGCAUUGAACAGUUUCAACGAUGGGCAAACGGCGCAUGAGAUCGAUAAUGCUUUGAAAUGAAACAGCAAAUGUGAAUCACAAACGAGCCUUCAAAACAGACUUGGAGUCGUCGUGGUCAUGAAAUUCCUGUUUCUAUGUAUUCUGCUUUUGAUGAUGCUAGCUUCGUGAACAGUUGCGCCUGACUGGGCUAUUGUUACAACUUAGCUGGCGCCGAUUCCAUGCCCAUCGCCCAUCCCUCUGGAAGACUCUCACACCAAAAGUCAACCGA